UAAGGAGCAGGUGGCUCCCAGCGGGGCUCGGGAAGCUGGAUUGGCACCCCGCAGAACGGAAAAGCCAGGAGUGAAGGGGGGAUGAUGAACGUUACCCCUUUUUUCCCUGCCCCACAGUGAAGAGCAGAACCUUAGUGCCCCAUCCCAAAUCCCGGAGAAACAAAGCCCAGAACUGCCUGCCAGAGGUGCUGUUCCAAUGAACAAUAAUAUCCAGGAAUUAAGGUAGUACACAGGAUUUGUUUGCAGAAAAUUCCUGUCUCUGCUGUGUAUCAUUUUUUCCCCCAGAAGGCCAGUGAGCUGUGUGAGGAAAUCCAUUGUAGUGUGAUUGCCAGAGCAAACGGAUGGAAAUGCUGCUGGAAAGAGAUGCGCUUCAGGAUAGCAGACAAAAGGAGCCUCAGAGCCAAGAGCAUCUACAAAUACAGUUGAAACACAGUACUGGAGAGCUGGAAGCUGAGCAGGACCAGGUGCUGAGGGAGGCUGGCAGCCAAAAUGAAGUACCAAAUGAAGAACAUGUGCUCCACAGCCAGGAGGAGUUACUGCUGGAAUUACCUGGCAGCCUAAUGGGCUGCAGAGGCAGGGCGUGCGGGAAGCUCUGUGAGCACGGGGACAUGGCCAGCCUGAGCACAGCUUUUUGUGGUGUCCUGCAGGACCUGGACUGCCAGGUGUCGCACCUCAAAGGAAAGCUGGUCCUGGUGGAGGAGGCACUUCAGUCUCUGCCAAAAGAUUCACAGGCCCCAAGAGAGCUUCUGCUGCAGCAACAUCGAGUGAGAGACCAAGCAAGAACCCUAAAUUUGGUGCAUCCACAUCAAGUCUGUCCCCUGGAAUCCACAGUCUGUUCCCAGCUGGGAGAAGUGAAGAGGAUCUAUGAAAACAAGGUCCAAGACCUUGAGGAGCAGUUGCACUUAGCUCUUUCUGAGACAACAGAAGUUCAGACAGACCAGGCACGACAUGGCCAAGAACCUGGAAAUCCAAAUGAUCAGAUUCAUCAGUUGUUGGUUGAUCUCCGCAAAAAGGAGACAGAGCUAAGCCUAGAAAAAGAGAGGAUCAAGCGAUUUUGGGAGUGGAGCACAGAGAACAGCAUCACCAUGGGGCAGCUCAGGAGGCAGCUGGACACCAGAAACAUGCAGCUGCAGAGCAUGGAAAGGGCGCUGAAGGAAACGAGGAUGGAGUGUCGCAGAUACAAACGGAGUGCCAGGUUGAUGGCUGCAACUGAGGAAAGAAAUGCAAGCAUUGGAAGAAUCUCCUCUUUGGCUGUGCAGCUGGAGAUGCCCAAGGAAGCGCUGCGUCAAGUCACGGAGCGUCUGGCAGCCAAACAGAGGGAUUUGGAGGCUGCUGAGCAAACAGAGCUGGUGGCCUGUGUGCAGGAGAAGGAGGGAGCCCUUGGGGCUGGCGUGCAGGAGAUCAGGGAGCUGCGUUCCCAGCUUGGCAGCAGGAUGCAGGGGCUCCGGCACGUGGGGAGUGCAGAGAGCUGCUUACACACGGCGCAGUCAGAGCGGGAGGCGCUGAAACUGCGCGUGUUGGAGAAGGAAAGGAUCAUUGAGCUCUUCCAGAAGCAAAUCCACAACAUGACCCCCAUCAUGGGCCAGCAGGGCCAAACUGCUGGAGCAAUGGAAGCAGAAAAAUCCCAGCUGGAAAAAGAAAUAAAUGACUGGAAACUCAAAGCAGAAGAGCUUAAGGGUGCAAAGGAUGAGAAAGAAUCCAGAAUAUGUGAAAUGGAGGCCAGGCUGAGCGAGCUGGAGCUGGACAAGGUUCAGCUGGUUAGCACAUGCACCGAGAGGCUCCAGGCACUGAAUGAUGCAAAACUGGAGAAAGAUGAGCUCCUGCAGGAACUCCAGGCUGGCCAGAGGGAGCUAGCUGGCCUCGCAGGGGGUUUUGUCAUGGCAAUUUCAAUCUUGACUUGCUCUCACCAGAGGCAUUUGAAGAGGAAUUAUCAGGGUGAAGUCAAGGAAAUGGAAAAUACUGCAACCAGACUGAAAAUGCAGUUGAAGACAGCCCAAGCCGAACUGAAUCAGGCCAGGAUUGCCCUAAAGACUAUAGAGGGAUCUGAUGGCAAAGCUCUGGAAGCUGCAGCAAGAACGCAGAAGCAGAUCAUAGCCAAGAGAGGACAGAUAGAUGCACUACAGAGCAAGAUUAAAUUCUUGGAAGAGGCAAUGGCAAACGCAGUUAAGGAGAAGCAUUACCUCAGAGAAGAAAAUAGCAAACAAAGUCAGAAACUGAGCUGUGUUAGAGCAGAAAAUAACAGGAUUGCUGGUGACCUGGAGAUCCUGAGAUCACAAGACAAAUGGCUGAAAGAAAAACUAUCCAAGAUGGAGACAGCCCUUGAUAAGGCAUCCCUGCAGUUUGCAGGGUGCCAGUGCAUCAGCCAGUGCCAGGAGCAGGAGGCCAUGCGCUGCAGGCUGCAGCACACCUUGGAUGGGAGAGAGCUGCAGGGACCUGGCUGCUCCUCAGCUUCUGUUUCAGGGAAGCUGCAGCACACUGUGCCUCAGUCCCACCUGCUCUCUGCCCACAUGCCCAGCACCUUUUUAUUCCAGAAGCCUACCAAGCUGGACGUUUUGAAGGAAGAACCAGUGCAGGAUCUGAAGAGGAUUCUUCAAGCAUUAACAAGCUCAGACAGUGAAGCUCCCUCCGAGGAUCUCAGCAGCCAUGGUGGGAGCAAAUCCCCUUUAACAAGCAUGAGGAAUGCAGGGGGUCCUUCCUGCUCACAUCCUGCAGAUCUUCACUCCCAGGAUCUUUCUCUGCUCCUUACAUCCCUUGGUAAGUUUUCCCUGGCAGCACUGAUGGCAGACUGGAGCAUUACAGAAUAUUCUAAAGAAGAUAGUCCCAAUACAUCUCCUGCUUGCACGGGGGUCCCUCCUCAGGUGUGUGCUCACUGCUCUUUGCUUGGACAUCUCCUAGGAAAGGCAUCCACCUGCUUGGCAGCACCUGGGUGCCCAUCCUCCCCCAGGCAAGUUCCCUGGGAGGGCAGCCACAGAUCUCCAGUACACCUGCUCCUAACUACCCCACCUGAUGAGCUUGCAGCUGGCCCUGCUGCCUCACCUGAGCACAGCCCAGCCCCAGGGAAGCUUGCCUCUCCACGGGGAGCAGCCCCAGGAGCAGGGACAUCCAAUCCCACAUCCCUAUCGGGGUGCCUUCACCCCCUCCCAGUUCUGUUUAGGCAGAAGGUUUAUUCUGUGAGAAAUGAAUUGCCUGAUCUUAUUGCCUUAAUCAAAUUAAAAGGCUCUUGUGAGCCCACACCAAAGAGGCUACAGAACAAGACGGAAAGCCUGCAAAACCUGCUGGAAUCAUCACAGAUAAAAAACCAAGCUGCCACCACGUCUCCAAUGAUCAGAACUCAGGAGGUGAAGACAAAGAAAUCCAAGGAAAAGGAGAGAAAGCUGUCCAAGGGCAGGCACUGUGGAUGGCACAGCAGGACUGAUGGGCCAAGCUUGCCCAUAGCAAGGACACACAGGUGACAACCAACCUCUGGGAGAGGAAACCUAACAGCAGACUCAUACGAGUCUCCAAAAGGUGAGUUCAUCUCUCAGAGAGAAUGUGGGAUGGGCGUGGGUUUUGCAAAGCAAAAUAGCUGCAGUGAAGGUUUGUGCAGCAGACUUUAAAAUGGUUCAUGGCCAGUCCCCUCAGGGUGCUUGCACAGCUCACCACACUGCUGCAGCAUUCAGCACUUGUGCACCAAGCUACUUGACAAAAAAGAAUAGUUUGUGUUUCACGUAAAAGCAAACAAAUUGUCUCAUUUGUCAGAAGCUGGCUGUCAGGGGUAUGAGCAGGUGAACUUUGAAGCUAGCUCUGUGGUUCAGGGCUUUGCCAAGCUGUGAGUGAGAGAGUUUAUUGUUUGCUUGGAGAUGUCCUGAGCCACUGGCUGUUAGAUCCAUGCAGGAGUGUCAACAAUAAGUUGUUUCUCACAUGUAGCUGCGCUGGUCUCACAGCCAGGACCUUGUAUUAGACAGCUAUCAGCCAUUCCAGCAGCAUCUUUUUUAGGCAGCAAGGCAACUUUGUUUAAAUCUACUUUCACCUUCAAGGAAACAGAUUGUUCAAUGGUGAGAAAACACACCUGUGAACUUGGAGAAAAUACUAAUAGGUUUCUCCAGAAAAAAGGAAAUCCAGAUUUCUUUCUUUCACCAUACCCAAACCAUUUGAUUUACAUAGCAUGGGUCCUGCUGGGAAUGGCAUAAUAAUUUAGAGGCUUUUUUAGCAAAAGCUCAGCGCAGGUCUUUGUAGAAACCCUCGCUGAUCAUUCAGCAAGGGGAUACAAUCAUGAGGCCUGUGAGCUGUCUGUGGGAUCAAAGCGCAGGGAGCUUGGUUAAAAAAUUAAAUUGUUCUCAAUUUAAAAGACUUCUUGGGGUUGGUCUGUUUGACAUGUUCACCAUUGCAUUAGAGAAGCUAUUCUAGCAUAGGUUAAGUAGCUUUCUAGUGAAUAACUUAAUCUAACAGCACAGUUAAUCUCCUCAGACAAGCCUCAGGCGUGCGUAUAAAUACGCUCAGGCGGCAGCUUUGACUUCAGGGAUUUCUGAGGAUCACCUUCUAUUGCUGCUGAAUAUUACCUGUAGUAUCCACUUCAAUUUCUUGUUAGAAAACCCAAGUGCUAAGAAUGCAGCACAGGUUGUUCUGCUGGGUGAAAAUGAAAAUUCCAAAUUGCCAGUUGGAAUUGGCCUAAGUCUCUCUCCCUCUCACCCUCCCAGGAGUUCCUUGAGCUAUUUUGUGGCCAGGUCUGCAGGAGUAGGCAGCCCAACCCUCUGUCAUGGAACAGCUGGUAUCCCAGUCCCAGUAAGAACAUUGCCAACACUUGUUGUUCCCAGCAGCUCCAGCACUGUCCCACCAGCUGCAUCCCCAUUAACCCACCAGACGCAGGAGGUCAGCGCUGAAGUUCCUCUUCCAGUCUUUCACCAAAGCCAUUCUAUUUCACGCAUCCAGGCUGCUCCACUGCACAGAGCAGGGAGGAAUGAGCAGAGGCAUUUAGUGAUGUGCUUUUUGAAGCACUUCUUCCCAACCUAAGUUGUAAUUUGAAUACUUGCAGAUCUACAAAACUGCUCUCCCAGAGCCAGCUCACUCAAGGGAAGGGCUGUUUGCGGGCUCGGUCUUGAAAUGCUUGGUUCAGUGUUAUGGAAAAGGAGCUUGCUCAAGUGGCAGCAUGUAUUUGUACCCAAAAAUACAAAAUACAUAAAUACAAAAGGCAGGGAAGCAGGGCAGCUUUCUGCUUCUAUCGUAUACAGAUACCAACUAGGUGAAGCUGUAAGUAUUCCCCUUCAUCUGGCUUACUAGAAGGCCACAACUUAAAAUAAAUUCAAGGUGAAAAGCUUAAUCUUAAAAAAAUAUUUACAAGUUUAAGGCGAGUGUUUGCUAACAAUACUGUGGUAUUGUUCAUCAGUAUGCCACCCCGCUCUGUUCCAGCCUGAACCCUAUUCCCUGGCCAUCACAGCAUUCCAGGUUUUUUUAAAAGCCUGCUCCCACCCUGACAAAGUAAUUCAUUAAGCCGAGACAGUCCUUUGUGACCUUUGCUCUCCCCUCAGCAGGAGUGCAGCUGCCUGCCAAGCCUUUCAUUUGAGCCGAGAUGAUGGCUGGACAGUAGGGGGUAGAG